ACCACGCGCGUGCGGUAAAGUGUUCCAGAGGCCGAGCCCCGGCCGCCGCGCCGCGUCCCCGCCCCUCCCGGCUCCGUAAGGGGAGGAGGGGGCCGGCGGAGUUUCCCUCCACGCCCAGCGGCCCUGGGCGGGCUUUUCGGCGGCUUCUCAAAAGCAGGUGGCUUCGUCUCUCCGGCACAGGUAGAUUUCUCCGGCACCGGUUCGGGGCCUGCCCGGACCUCGCCGCGCACUGCAGAGCCUCGCCAAGCGCCCACCAUGCCCCGGCAGCUCAGCGCGGCGGCCGUGCUCUUCGCUUCCCUGGCCGUAAUUUUGCACGAUGGCAGUCAAAUGAGAGCAAAAGCAUUUCCAAAAACCAGAGAUUAUUCUCAACCUACUGCAGCAGCAACAGGACAGGACAUAGCAAAACCUGUCCAGCAACCAGCUAACCAAGCACCUCACCAAACUUUAGCAGCAAGAUUAACGGAUGGUCACAUCACCUUUCAAACAGCGGCUACAGUAAAAACUCCAACAACUACUCCAGUAACUACAAAAAACACUCCAACCACCAGCCCAAUUAUCUACACCCUGGUCACAACCCAGGCCACAUCCAACAACUCACACACAGCUCCUCCACUUACUAAAGUUACAGUCGGCCCCAGCUUAGCCCCUUAUUCACUGCCACCCACCAUCACACCACCAGCUCAUACAACUGGAACCAGUCCAUCAACCGUCAACCACACAACUGGGAACGCCACUCAACCCGGUAACCAGACCACCCUUCCAGCAACUUUAUCCAUAGCACCACACAAAAGCACAACCCGUCAGAAGCCCGUUCAACCCACCCAUGCCCCAGGAACAACGGCAGUUGCCCACAAUACCACCCGAACAGCCGCACCUGCCUCCACGGUUCCUGGGUCCACCCUUGCACCUCAGCCAUCUUCAGUCAAGACUGGAAUUUAUCAAGUUCUAAAUGGAAGCAGACUCUGUAUAAAAGCAGAGAUGGGGAUACAGCUGAUUGUUCAAGACAAGGAAUCGGUUUUUUCACCUCGGAGAUACUUCAACCUCGACCCCAACGCAACCCAAGCCUCUGGGAACUGUGGCACCCGAAACUCCAACCUUCUGUUGAAUUUUCAGGGAGGAUUUGUGAAUCUCACAUUUACCAAGGAUGAAGGAUCAUAUUAUAUCAGUGAAGUGGGAGCCUGUUUGACUGUCUCGGAUCCAGAGACAAUUUACCAAGGAAUGAAGCAUGCAGUGGUGAUGUUCCAGGCAGCGGUCGGGCAUUCCUUCAAGUGCGUAAGUGAACAGAGCCUCCAGCUGUCAGCCCACCUGCAGCUGAAAACAACCAAUGUCCAACUUCAAGCCUUUGAUUUUGAAGAUGACCACUUUGGAAAUGCGGAUGAAUGCUUCAGUGACAGAAACAGGAGAGAAAUCCCUGUGGCCAUGGGCCUGAGUAUCACAGGACUGCUUGUCAUUUUGCUAACCGCAUGUCUGGUGGCCAGAAAGAGGCCCAGUAGAGGAUAUGAACGCAUGUAAAGCCCCACUUUCUUCAAAACGUGCAAGGUUAAGGUCUUGGGAAUUCCGGCCUCAUAUUCAGCCUGAAGUGAAAGGAUUGACCUGUCUCGUUGCCUGUUGCACCCUCCUGAGCUGAUUAGGAAACCUAGCUUCCCACCAAAGGGCUACCCCAGGGCUAGGAAACGGCACCUCCCCACUUCCUCCUGUUGCCUUGGGGAGGCCAUGCCAGGUGUGCUUGACACCCUCUGCCACACCUGAAUAUACCAGUGCUGGCUUCCGGAAUUAGGGGCAAUAGGCAGAGACAUGAGCGGGGUGCUUGUGAGAAGGGAGGAAGCAAAAACCUGGAGGGAGAAUCGUGGCGAAGACAUUUGCAAAUUGACUGAUUUUUCUUAGACAUUUUCAAGAGUCCUGAUUUUCAGUUUUCAAAAACAUUACUUUAAAAAAAAUCAAUGCAUUUCAAAGUUGGUUACAAAAUGAUUUUAAACUCCUGGAUUUUACCAACAUUUGGUUUACUUAAAUUAUAGAUGAUCUUAGUAUACUAUUAUUUUUUUUAAAAGCAUAUCCUACUCUAUGGUAAUGUAUUAUCCGUUUAAAAAAUUAGGUAACUGCCUAUUUCACUUUUUUAAUUUAAAGCACAUAUCAAAGAUCAUGGCAAAAAAGGAGGAGCUCAAUAAAUAUUAGCUCUUCCGUUCCUUCAGCUUCAUGUGUUGUCUGCCUUGUUAGCUACUUUUUUCCUGGUUUGUCGGCUUUUCUUUGAUGCUGUUUUAUUCUUGUAAAUGGGUCCAUUUGGACCAUUGCAGGAGAGGAGGGAGGCAGAGCAGGGAAACAAUCCGGAAUGGCAAGCAGGAAGAGGUAGACCCGCCUGCAGGAUCACUCACUUCCCUUUUAUGCAAACAUUCACCAAAAGCAGUACAUUCCUGAUGGCAGACGGUUGAUAUCUGAGGAAAAAUGCUAUUAAAAUAUGGCUUAGGAUGUUAUUCAUGGUUUCCUAUUACAUUGAUUGGGGUUCAGAGAAAAGGGAGAGGAAUGUUCUUAAUUGAUUCAGAGAAAGGGGAGAGGAAUGUUCUUAAUUGAUUCAGAGAAAGGGGAGAGGAAUGUUCUUAAUUGAUUCUACUGACUGGAAGUUUUCUUGUUUUUCCAAAUUUUCCAGAGGUGCCAUUCAUUAUUUUUAACAUGACGUUUAUGAAAUUUGACAACUCUAAAACUACUGCUUAUUUGGGAAAUGUACUGACUCCCCAGGAGGCAUUUUUGCUCUCCUUGUUUUCUUAGAAGUGGGGCUGUGGGCGAGGGAACACCGCAGCUUCAAAAGAGCGCUAAGAGCCCCUGAAGACAUCCAGAGUGUCAGGAAAUGUCUGUUUCCCUCUUAAAACAGGAUACGUUGAUGACAAUCUGAUAUGAGGACCCAGGAGUUCCCCCAGGUGACUCAGGCUUAACAGCAAGAGCUUGGCUUUGGAGAGCUGCGAUCUCUUUCCACCUCCUCCUUUAAACUGUCUCCUGCUCCAGGCUCCCCUGUGUCCAGUGUUAAGGGCACUUGAAAGUUCUGUAGGGCAGAGGACAAGGUGUUUAUUCACCGGCCACUCACCCUUCUGCAGAAUGAUUAAUGUAAGAUUUACCUUCUAGCAUGUGGAAAUCCCUCCCCUCGCAGAUGAAACAGAAGCAGAAUUUAAAAUCAAGUGUAGAGGGAUAUGACCAUUCACUUAAAUUUAAUUUUCCUUCCUACCUUCUUCAGGGAGUUCUUUUGGAUGAUGGCCACUGCUUGGACUCCUGCUAUCUAUUCCCCCCACCCCAGUACCAAUUAUUCGUAGAAUUAAUUUGAAUUGGCAUUCUGGUAACACAAAAAGCAAAGGUUUCAUUGGAAUGGCCAGUAAAUAAAUGCUUGGAUGUGUAAUUUACUCACAGUCCUGCCCACUUUCCAGGUGGAGAGGAGAGGGGGCAGUGGAGAUGGGCUCCCCAUCUGCCUCCCCUCCUAACCACACACACAUCCACCCUAAGAAGCCUGUGAUGAGAGGGAAAAAAAAAAAUCUGUGAACUCCUCCGUUACUAAAUCUGGAGGAAAAAAAAAAAGAGUGGAUUGCUUUAUCUUCUUCCUUUUCUAACCUAGGAUAGUGAAAAUGGCUCCCAGGAAGACUGGGAAGAGUAAAGGUAGGGACUGGUGGCGGAGAACUGGGGAAGCAACCCCAGGGCCGAGGAUCGCUCCAGGCUGUAGCUAGUUUCCAUGCUACAAAAAAGAGAAUAGAAUCCAAAUAUCUAGCCCAAAGGGAAACAUCAACUGAAGUCAGAUGCCAUGGAAAGAAAGACCGUAAUUCACCCAAAUGGCAUCAUAGGAAAUGGAGUAUUUGGACUGACAUGCUCAAGCAUAAGCAAAAUGAAAACCAACUGCAUGGUCACUGUGCCAAAAUACUGCAGCAAAAUCAGAAUAGUAUGAAAUUAAAUUAAGAAAAGGAGUGAGGGUGUAUUAGUUUGCUAAGACUAUCUUAGGAACAUACUACAGUCUGGAUGCCUUAAAUAACAGAAAUGUGUAUUCCCACAGUUCUGGAGGCUAGAAAUUCAAGGUCAAGGUGUCCACAGCAUUGGUUUUUCUGAAACUUCUCUCCUUGGCUGUAGAUGGCCUGUGUCUUCAUGUGGUCUUCCUUCUGUACCUGUCUGUAUCCAUGUGUCCUCUUUGUAUAAGGAUACCAUUCAUACUGGAUAGAGGCCCACCCUAUUGACCUCAUUUUCACUUAUUGACUUCUUGAGACACCCUGUGUCCUAAUACAUGUUCUGUGCUCCUGGAAGUUAGGACUUCACCAUGUAAAUUUGGGGGAAGGGAGGGGAGACAAUUUAGUCCAUAACAGAAAGUUAGAAAUGAAAAUAGUAAAAUACAAAGAAAACAUAAUUCAAGGAACAGAAAGAAAUUCCUGACGAUUGCUUGAUGCUGAGAAUCACUUAAUGUGAAUUCCAGAUAAUCAGAGUUUAAAGAUAAGAUGUUAAAAUGAAAGAGUAAGAAAACAAGAGGAAUGUCAAAGCAAUACACUACAUAAUGUAUAGAAACAGUAAGAGGCAGAAUAAAUAGGGAGGAAAUUAUAUUAUUUUCAUAGAGAGAAUGACUGAAAUCAUUACAGGUAAGACAGAUAAACCUUAUGAUUAAAGCAUUACAGGGAAGCUACUAGAUAUACAAGCUACUCUGACAUAGAGACCUCAAAAAUAGAAUGACAAUAUAUUUGAAGAUUUAAGGACAUUUCCUUGAGAUAAAUCAUUGAAGUUGGGAUUAAAAGAGCAUGUCCCAAAAAAGAAUUGAUACCAAAAGUUUAACACCGGGACAUAUCAGGAACAAGCUAUAAAACUUCAAACAUAAAGAAGUCUUUAGGCCUUUAUGGAAAAUAAAAUAAAAUCACCUGUAAACAGGAAAGUUAAAGUUGACCUCCAAUUUCUUCACAACAACAUUUAAAACCAGCAAAUAAUUUCUACAAUGAUCUAAGACAAAAAAGUAUGACCCAAAAAUAUCAAGUAUAAAGACAAUAGGCAGAUAUCUUUUGUUUGUUUGUUUGUUUUGAGACAGUCUUGCUCUGUCACCAGGCAGAUAUUCUUAACUAUGAAAUAAUUCAAAGGAUACAGCACAAGUAAGCCCUUCUAAAAAAUAUUGCUUGACAAUGAAAUUCACUGAGAGAGGAAAUGAGUCGCAAUAUAAACAAGGAAAUAAGCAGCCUUUAGGAAUAGAAAAGUCACAGUAGGACUGGUGUAGCAGCUCAUACCUGUAAUCCCAACUCUUUGGGAGACUGAGGCAGGAGGAUUGCUUGAGCCAAGGAGUUUAAGACCA